AUGUCGUUUCUUAACGAGAACGUUCUAGGACCGAGCCGUCGUCGAACCUCGCGCGCAAGUUCUCGAGCUAGCAGUCGAGCAGGAUCGGAGGAGAUUGAUGGAGAGUUUGGCGCGACUCCCCGUCGUUCUGGUCGUCUUGCGGCUCAGGGCACCAAAGUCGGCAACAAGGAGUCGGCUGCCUAUGGAGCUAAAGCGAAGCCCCUCUCAAAUCCAGAAUUAUCAGCAAAUGCUCAACAGGAUGCUACUGCCAGCAUUACUGCGGCUGUAGCAGGAGCGACAGCAACUCUACCACCAACUGGAGGAGAAGCGGGACAGUUGCCAGUCAUCAACGAGGAGCCGGAAUCCAGCUCAGCUGCGGCUAAUCGCCCACGUGAGCGUAACAUUGACGAUGAGAAUCCAGGAGGUCAGGGUGGACCGAUCUUGGAGACCACGAACCAAGGUCGUCGUCACCACGAAACAAUCUGUUCGAAGCUUCGUGGCCUGAUUGGAUGGGCCCCUGGUCAACAGCGUAAUCCAGAAAACGACCCGGUAAAUGCAUCCGAGGUACCUACGGGCAGCACGGGAAUCGUCAACACAUCGGUUUCUAAGCCUUUACUUUGGAUUCUGGGGAUUGCUAUGCUUCUAUUGAUCGCCAUGGCCGUGCUUCAGGUUGAUCUCUAUACAGGUCCUAGACUCAAGCCCAACAUCAACUUACUCGCGAAACAUUUCGCCAACGUGCCAGUGGGUACUACCAUCGUGCAUGACCCUCGCCUUAGCACUAUGGAGAAGCUGAUAUAUGGUCUUACAUCGAAAUCAAAGACCCCUGAGAUCGCUCCCUCUCAACACCAAAUUGAUUGGUUUGCUCAUGCCAACCGCGCUGCUAUUGACCCAUAUCUUACCUCACCGACUUUCGACCCUGAAAACUGUUCCCUUGGUUUAAGAAACUGGUCUCACUAUAUCAAAAGCUUCUUUGUGGGCACACGGGGAUAUUGGGAAAGUAUCGCACCCGCCUCCGCUUUGCGUCCAUGGUCUGAGCCUGACGAUCGUUGGUGUGCACCACCCAGCUAUGGUCAACUUCAGCUUGCAAUCAUCACUAGUCGUAUGAUAAGUCCCACUGAGCUUAUCAUUGAACACCUACCUAGAGGUGCGGCGAUUUACAUUGGGACCGCACCAAGGCAAAUUGAACUCUGGAUGGAGAUAAGCGACCGUGAAUCUUACACCAAGCUCUACGACGUGACAAAAGCGACUUAUCCAGAGCUGCUCGCACGAUCCUCACCACAAAGUCUUCGCGACUUGGACGACGACCAAGCACUUCCCGGGGGCUAUAUUCGCAUUGGAAGAUGGACUUACGAUAUUCGGAAUCCACAAUACAAACAAACCUUUACGGUCCCAUUUGCGCUAAAGGAACUUGAGGUGAAGUCUAACCAUUUUGCUUUACGUGUCCUCGACAAUUGGGGUGAUAAUGUGGAGACGUGCAUCUACCGCACGCGAUUGCAUGGUCACGAUAUGCAAGGUCCUGUGGAGGUAUUGCAUGACUGA